AAUUUAUCACAUUCCCAGAUUUUAGUUGUUAUUUUAAUGUUAUAUAUCUUAAAAUGCAUUUUCAAAUUUUUAAUGGGAUUGUGUUUUACACGUUUUUCAGUUUUUAAUAAUAAAAUAUUUUAUCUCCAUAUAAAAACUCUUCUAAUUAUUUAGAACAACUUUUUAGGUGGGAUUGUAUUUAUGUUGUCACGUUUUCCCAACCCACUUUAACUGACAACUUUAACGUGUAUUUAUGUUGUCACGUUUUCCCAACCCACUUCAAUAUACAACUUUAACGUUAUAUCCUUAAAAAUGUAUUUUCCGAGUUUUAAUGGGAUUAUGUUUUACACGUUUUUCAUUUUUUAAUAAUAAAUGUUUUAUCUACAUAUAAAAACUCUUCUAAUUAUUCGGAACAACUUUUUAGGUGGGAUUGUAUUUGUGUUGUCACGUUUUCCCAGCCCCCUUUAAUAGACAACAACUUCCAAUGCCAUAUAUUAAAUUUAUUUUAAUAAUAAAAUAUUUUCUCUCCCUAUAAAAACUAUUCUAAUUAUUAAGAAUAUCUUUUUAGUUGGGAUUGUCAUAUAUAUCCAGAUUUUCUAUAUUUGUUAUGUCAUAUAUAUCAAAACCAUAUUUAAUAGAUAUUCAACAACUUCCAAUGCAUUAAUAAUAAUUUUUCUCUCUCUCUAAUUCAAAUAAAAGAUUUGAACCGAAACAACUUCCAAUGCAUUAAUAAUAGUUUUCUCUCUCUAAAACAACUUUUCCAAAAUUAAUUUUUCAGAAUAUCUUUUUUUAAUUUUCAACUCUUAAUCUUCCACGAUUUUUGUUUGAAUUGCAGGUUAUCUAACUAAAAUUAUUCUACGGACACAACAUAUUCAUAUAUCAUCAAAUCCCCAGAUUCGCGCUUCAAUUUUUUCAAACCCGAAUUUUCUACUUCAUUCUCAAGUAAUUCCGUUUGAAAGUUUGUUUGGAGAUUCACAUUGUGUUGGUUAUUUUAUGUUCUUCAUAUUACUUUUUGAUUACUUACUUAUUUUUUUUAAUUUUCGAUCUUUUGUUGUUGUUCUUAAAUUAUUUUUUAAGGUUUCGUAAUACCAAAUUCAAUCUUCAAUGGAUGCAUUCAAAAGAGUGACUAGAGGUUCAUCAUCUAAGUCUAAGGAGUGUGCAAAAAUGGCUGAAGAGGUGCAACAUCCCACAGUUCAUGAAGUCGAAUUAGAACAAUUUUUUUGGAGAACAGGUAAUUUUUUUUUUGCAUGUGUUGUUUAUUGGAUGUUUAGUUUAUUUUGUUUAGUAAUUUUUAAGAUUGAAAAAAAUACAUUUUACAAUGAAUUUGAAAGUGUAUUUGAAUUGUUUAGUCUGUUAUAGUCUCUAUGUAUUUUUGUAUUGGAAAGUUUUUUUGACUAUUUAUGUAUUGUAUUUUGCAUUCUAUUCAUAUUUUUUGUAUUAGUUGUCAAUGCAAUAAAUGAUUUUUUUUGACUAUUUAUGUAUUAUAUUUUGUAUUCUGUUCAUCUUUUUUGUCUUAGUUAUCAAUGUAAUAUCGUAUACAUUUGUAAGUGUGUUCUGAAUUUUCAUCUUGUUAUAGUUACUUUUUUCCAUAGUUGUAAUGUUUUUUGUAUUCACUAUUAUAGUUGGCACGUAUUUCUGUAUUUAGUAUGUUUAUUGUUUUUUUUUGUCAAAGUAACAUAUUUUAUAAGUUUGUAGUUCAUAAAUUUAUUGUAUUUUUUGUAUAUAUGUAAUGGGAGUUGUAUAUUGUAUUCUGUAUUCCACUGUAUAUAUACAAAAAAAUUCGUUUUGCAUUCUUUUUUUUUGUGUUAGGUUAAUGUACCACAUAUUUGUUACCAUAUCUAUUUUUUUUUGUAUGUUGUGCUAAAUGUGUUGAUUUUUUAUUUAUUAUCAUGUUUUUUUGUUCUGUUAUUUUAGUAUUAUUUCAUUUUUUGGAAUUCAAUAUGCCAGUGGACUUCUUAUGCUUGCAAAAAGCUACCAAAAAAAGCACCCCACAUUCACUGUAUAGUAAGUCAUGACAUUAAAUCCAAGUUGACUGACAAGCUUACACCGGAGCAGUAUAAUUUAUUUUGUGAGAGUACGUGUUUUGGUCAGUAUAUGAAAAUUAGAAAAUGUGUUGGGCAAGGUCAAAUUCACAGGUGUUGUAUGUCACGAGAAGUGGAAGCUAGUAGUAAGCAGGCUCUUUUAAUCAAAGUAAAUGGAGUUAUUUUAAAGUUCACAAUUAGGACGUUUGCUCUUAUUACUGGAUUAAACUGUGUUGGUGUUGUAGAGGAUUUCAAGUUUAACACAGAAGAACCUAACCGACUUAUUGUUCAGUACUUUGGUGGUGAUGAGACCAUACGUAGAUCUGAUUUGUUCGAUAGGUUCAAUGAUAAAGUUUGGGUUGACAAUGAUGAUGAUGCCAUUAAGUUUGCAAUAUUAUAUUUCAUUCAUAUGUUUGUGUAUUCUGGCGAGAAGAGAUCAUUGCGAAUUCCUAGAAUUCAUUUUGAUUUGGUUGAAAGUGGUCGGUAUAUGCAUUAUCCUUGGGGCAUAAAAGCAUUUGAGUGGUUGCUACAGAGUAUCAACAAGGUUUUGACUACUGAUGGUCAAUAUUAUAGAAUAUGUGGUAUGCCUGUUGUCCUUCAAAUAUGGAUAUACGAGUGCAUGGGUAAGCGUCAGACCAAAUUUGCACGGAAAAUCAGUGAUCAUAUCCUCCGUAUUCUAAACUGGCAAACAGUAGGAGCACAACCCCGAUUCAAAACCUUGAUGAAAAACACAUUCAAUGAUGGUAAUAGAGAGGUAUUGUAUGUAAUUAUUGAAUUUGUAUCUUUGUUAUUGUAUUAAUUCGAUGUAUAUAUUUUAUUAUGUUAAUUAUUAUGUUUACUAUCGGUUUCAGAUUAAAUGGAAGAAUGUUGUCCCUUCUCUGAUGGAAAUCACUGUUCUACAAUUGCCUCCUGAAGGUCUUCACAAACCAACUGAAGGUGUUCAAACAGAGCCACAUCGUGGUAUUGAUGAACAAGUACUUUCUGGACAGAAUUCAGAUGAUGAUUUUGUCAACCCACCUCCACCUUCAAUGAAGGUUACAGGUAAACGAAAAAAGGGGCAAUCAGUAUCACCUGCUAAAAGGGUACGGAAAAAUGAUUCAAAUAUGACAGAUCAAAUGGAACAGACUGAAAAGAUCGAUCCAGUAGCGAACCAGAAUGUGGAGAAAGUUGGAAUUAGAAAAGUUGUGCGGAAGAAAAAAAAUGUGUUUUAAGAAGAAAACCACUCCCACUUGUGUGCCAACAAAGGAUUCCCAAAUACCAUCUAUAAGUGUGUCUCAUGAACAAUUAAUGAGGAACGAACUAUCUGAAUUACGAAAGGAGGUUAGAGAGGAGUUUAAAGACAUACGGAAGUUGAUAAAUGAUAAUUUUAAUAUCAUUAUGUCUAUUUUGAAGGACCAAAAAAACAAUGACAAUGCUGGUCAAGGAUCACAACCUUUUACAAGUCCAAUUUUAUCUGAAAAUCAAAACCAGGACAACACAAACAAUCACAAUGCUGCUCAAGGACGACAACAUUUUACAAAAUCAGUUGAUUCAGAAAAUCAAAAUCAGUCGGAGGGCGAUGAAAGCUCAAAUAAUGGCAGCGAGGAAGUUUUUCAAGUAUGUUCAUUAUAAAUUUUGUAUUUUCACAUGGUUUAACGAUAUUUUAUCCAUUCUCCUAUUUUUAAAGGAUCAUUCAAUUUUUGAAAAUUCAAAUCAGGGAGACAUAUCCGAUAUUGCUGAUAAUCAAGUUGAUUGUGAGAAUUCACCUGUGCGUAAUCUGAUCAAUGUAGAUGCUGGUUUUAGUUCGUCUAAAUCAAUAAUCCCAAGUCCAUCAUUUGUAAGACCACUUGUUUUUGAAAGUCAACAUGACUUUACACAUCAACAUGACAAUGAUGAAGAGGAUCAGUUCAUAUUUCCUACCCCUAUUCAAUCUAUUGUUCCCUUGGAAGGGUCACCACAAUCACAGUUUGAGUUGGAUGAUUCUCUAAUGCCAAGUCUCAGUGACAUAAAAAGUAAUCGUGCUACUGACUAUACCAUUAAUUCAGAACGGAGCAUUAUCAUGCACAAUCAAAACACAAGCAAUGAAAGCUCAAAUAUUCAAAAAAAGGCUAGCAAGGAUAGUCAGAAUCAAAAAAGUCCUGUUCACACACCAUUACAUGCGCAUAGGAUUAGACGUCCAGGACCUUUCAAUACAUCCCCAUAUAUUAUCGUUCAGCUCAUCUGCAGGUAUAAAGACAUAACAAAUUAUAAUGUAUUGAAAAUCUGA